AGCUGAGCUGAAAACCUGAAAGCAGCAGCUCCACCUCCAGGCUUCCAAUGGCUUCCAUCAACCCCUAUUGCUCCUCAACGGCUCUUUCCCCUUCUCCAGGGCACACUAUUCUAUAUCCUGGGACUUCGCUUGCAGCAAAUGGGCGAUUAUCCGGUUUUGUCACACCGAGUGUAUCAUGGAAAUUGUUCUUUCAUUCCAAGGGAUCAAUUAAGGCAAGAGCUUUGCUGGGAGAAGAUGGUCUCCUGUCUUACCCAAAUGGCAACCCAACUGGGAGUGAAAUACAACCUGAUGCAUUAGGUUUCGGAACAGUUUCAGCAGAAACAACCCCAACGUUUAGUGGGUUCUCUUCUGAAAAUGAUGAAGGUGAUCUAGAUCACCCUAUACAUGGAUUUUCUUCCAUUCCAGAGGCCAUUGAAGAUAUACGUCAAGGCAAGAUGGUUAUCGUUGUAGAUGAUGAAGAUAGAGAAAAUGAGGGAGAUCUUAUAAUGGCAGCUUCCUUGGCAACACCAGAAGCUAUGGCAUUUAUUGUCAAGCACGGAACUGGGAUUGUUUGUGUGAGCAUGAAAGGAGAAGACUUGGAGAGGUUGCAACUUCCACUUAUGGUGACACAGAAUGAAGAAAAACUUUGUACGGCAUUCACUGUCUCAGUGGAUGCAAAACGUGGUACGACAACUGGUGUUUCUGCUCGUGAUAGAGCUGCAACAGUCUUGGCUCUUGCAUCAAGAGAUUCAACACCUGAAGAUUUCAACCGCCCAGGACAUAUCUUUCCCCUAAAGUACAGAGAGGGAGGAGUUCUAAAAAGAGCCGGUCACACUGAAGCUUCAGUUGAUCUUGCUAUGUUGGCUGGGCUGGAUCCAGUAGCAGUUUUAUGUGAAAUUGUGGAUGAUGACGGUUCUAUGGCUAGGUUACCAAAGCUUCUUGAAUUUGCAAGGGCAGAAAACUUGAAAAUUGUUUCCAUUGCUGAUUUGAUAAGAUAUAGAAGGAAAAGAGAUAAGUUGGUGGAGAGGGCUGGAGUUGCACGCAUACCCACAAUGUGGGGGCCAUUUGAAGCCUACUGUUAUAAAUCAUUGCUCGAUGGGAUUGAGCACAUUGCUAUGGUUAAAGGUGAAAUUGCUGACGGGCAAGAAAUACUUGUGAGGGUACACUCUGAGUGCCUCACUGGUGACAUAUUUGGGUCAGCCAGAUGUGACUGUGGAAACCAGCUUGCACUUGCAAUGAAGCAAAUUGAAGCAGCUGGUAGGGGUGUUUUGGUGUAUCUCCGUGGACAUGAAGGUAGAGGAAUUGGUUUGGGUCACAAGCUCCGAGCUUAUACACUGCAGGAUGCUGGGCGUGACACUGUUGAAGCCAAUGAGGAGCUGGGAUUACCUGUUGAUUCUCGCGAGUAUGGCAUAGGUGCACAGAUACUACGAGAUCUAGGUGUUCGAACAAUGAAGCUGAUGACGAACAAUCCUGCAAAAUAUAUUGGUCUCAAGGGUUAUGGUUUGGCCAUUGCUGGCAGAGUCCCAUUGUUGGCACCAAUAACUAUGGAGAACCAGAAAUACUUGGAGACUAAACGGGCAAAAAUGGGGCACAUCUACGGUUCAAAAAGUAAUGGUCAUGUAAACGGCACAAUCGAUGAAAGUAGUUCGAAAAUUGACAACGAAUCUAAUGGUGUCCCCGGGACGUGAAAAAAAUGUCGGUUUCAGCUCCUCAACCGGGGAUUCAGGUGGGUAGCUGAUUGAAUGUUUAUUAUUAAAGUUUUGUCGGACUUGAUCGUAUA